UAUAAGCAGUUUCUAGUUCGCUUCAAUAGAUAGCACUGCAAAUUGUGCCAUCUAGAAGCAGAAAUUUGAAGUAAUAAUGAAAUUUACAGAUCUCUAUUAUAACGGUUCAAAGUGACAAGCAAGUAAAUUGAAAAGGUUUCUGGUGGAAUAUUUCAAAAAACCCCAGUGGAAUAACCUAUGCAUCAUUCUUAAUUCCAAAUUCUAGUGCUAUUUUUGUUUAUAAGUCCUUCUUCAUAUGUCAUGCAAGUACAAGUCGAAAGUGCUAUUUGAUUCCAGACAUUGAAUAAAUUCUUCAAAUAUUCGCAAAUCCUCUGUGCUUGUUCUACAGACCCUACUGACCGUUCUAGUUAGUUGAAUUAAUUAAUUUGUUUUUGGAAAUAAAAUGUCUACUCCAGCUCGUCGACGCCUCAUGAGAGAUUUCAAAAGGUUACAGGAAGAUCCUCCAACAGGAGUAAGUGGAGCACCCACUGAUAAUAACAUCAUGAUUUGGAAUGCAGUUAUCUUCGGCCCACAUGAUACGCCCUUUGAAGAUGGUACAUUUAAGUUAACUAUCGAAUUUACAGAAGAGUAUCCUAAUAAGCCUCCAACUGUGAGAUUUGUAAGUCACAUGUUUCAUCCAAAUGUUUAUGCAGAUGGAGGGAUUUGUUUAGAUAUAUUGCAGAACCGAUGGAGCCCUACAUACGACGUCUCUGCAAUACUAACUUCAAUUCAAUUUCAGAGAUCUCAAUGGUGAGGGUCGAAUUUGAAACAGCCUGUAUAUGCCCCAGACCACUUCAACUGGUUUUCCUCUAUUUUUUCUAAGACGGAUCUAACCUCUAACUCACUUCUUUGUAUUUGGAUACCUAGUUAUUUGGAAGUCUCUACUUGAUCUAUAUGUUAUCCUUCAGAAGUCAUUUUAAGUUCUUUUGUCACUUCUAAGUGAUCCAAAUCCUAACUCGCCAGCCAACUCAAUGGCCGCACAGUUAUAUAAAGAAAAUAGAAGAGAGUAUGAAAAACGAGUAAAGGCUUGUGUGGAACAAAGUUUCAUCGACUAGCACUGUGGCAGAGAGCCUUCCCCACAACAGCACACAAUUAAUGUUUCACUGCAUAAGUUCUGGCUGCUCUUCAGUUUUUUAAGUUGCAAAUUCAUCACUAGGUUUUUUGAAUGUAUCUCCUUGUCAUUUUAUCUUACCAACAUAUAGUCCACAAAUAAAUGUAAAUUCGGAGAGUAACACACAUAAAUUAGACUCUUAAGUGAUUGUUUCACUUUAUUCACUGUAGAUGUUUCAUUUGAAGUAUUUUGAAUCAUUGAUAGUUUCAAAUUAUCAAUUCAUUUUCUAGCCAGCCAGCAAAAUAAUCAUUCAUUAUCUCCACCAUGAAGCUAGAUAAUCAAAUAAAGGAAGCUGUGAAAUGCUAUCUAUUUGACGUUAUAUUAUUCCCAAAUCACAGGCUCAUUUCCGUGACUCUUACGGCAGGUAUGAUGAAGCAUUGUGUUUUAGUUUUUCUUCAGAAACGUUCAUGAUAACUGAAUGUAUAUGCAAAGCAGAAGCUUUAUUUUAUAUUUAUAUAUAAAAGAAUUUUCAGCAGAAUUGUAGAAUCAAUGUUUCAAUUUCAGGGAAAUAUAUGUUAGUUGUUUACUACUGUUUUUACAUGUAUAUGAUCUUGGAUAGACAGUUUUUUAGAGCUUCUCUUUAUUUAGCUAGUACUCACCCUUGAACAGAUGUUCAAUGUUUGAUUUUUGCUUUGAAUCUGUAGGUUUUGGCUGUUUUUAGAAACAUACUUGUAUGGUUAGAAUAGUUUCAUAAUUUUCUAUGGUUUUAUUUUUAUUAGAAAUAAAACCCAUUACUUCUGUGUUAACUCAAAAGUUCUGUUCUAAUCAUGUUUUUCAAUUUAGGCUUUACAUCUAUCAGAUACACUAUUUUUUUUACUGCCUAUCCCUUAUUUAUAGGUAGUUAGUUGUGUUAUAUAAUUACGUAUACUUAAUAAAUUAUUAUCAUUACAAA